UCACAUCACACAGGAGGUCAAGGCUAAGGCCGUCCAGCUUGUGUCAUCAUAGAAAGAAGGAAAGAGACGAAUUUCAUUCGAUUCAUAUAUAGUAGAGAUGGGCUCGAGAAGGCUAAGCAUUCAUCAUAUCUUUUCUGGAUUGCAAUCGCAGAAAACAGGGCAGAAAUGCAUGCGAAAUAGGCUCUACCCGAGUGAUGAAUUGCGUGUUAUGUUAUAGGUUAACUGUGCCUAAGCAUAAAUGUUGUUUGUUUUAUUGUUAUAUAAAGGGAAGGUAUAGCUACACGCGGGGUGUUGUAAGAACAUCGUCACGGUGUAGUACUAGUGUUAAAUUGCCUUGAUUGUCGUGCUAGGCUUUUUCCUUUGAUGUGUAGCCGUAGUAGGGUCAUUUUGAAGGGGUAAUGGAGUAUAGUGUAGGGUAGAGGGCUGUCAUUCAGGCACAGUGAGUGGGGGAGAAUUGUAGCAGGCUGAGAAUUCAAAGAGAGGACUAUAGCUCCACUGAAAAUAAAAUUUUGACAAUAUUCCUGCAGAUUUUGCUUGUCCUUGGUGCGCGACAUGCUGUACUGAACGGAGUUGUCUCAACUCAUCAAGCCUUGCUUUUUUCCAUUGUUGUUACAUAGCUUUUUGAAUUAGUAAUAUCCCUUGCUGCGAAAAGGGGGAAUCCUGCCAUUUCUUACUGUAAUCCACAAAAGAAGAUGGAUGCUACUGCUAGUUCUUUAUCAGAGCAAAUGGGCCUCACUGGUUCUUUAUCAGAGGUAAUGGGCAAGGAGGCCCACGAUUGUUUAACGGAGAAACAGAGCUUGGUAAUGGAUAGUUGUACGGAGAAACAGAGCUUGGUAAUGGACAAGGAGGCGCAUGAGGAGAAACAGAGUUAUAUGAGUAGUUGGGUAAUGGGCAAGGAGGCGCAUGAUUGUUGUAUGGAGAAAGAGAGUUGUGCUAGAGUGAAAAAGGUGGUGGAUAAUAGCAUGGGCAUAGACAAGGAGGUGAAACAGAGGUGUGUUAUGGUGAAUGGACCUAUAAUUGUAGGAGCGGGUCCUUCCGGGCUUGCGACUGCUGCAUGUCUGAAAGAGGAGGGUGUUGUGUCUCUAAUAUUGGAAAAAGCAGACUGUGUGGCAUCCUUGUGGCAGCGCAGAUCGUAUGACCGCUUGAAGCUCCAUCUUCCUAAGCAGUUCUGUGAGCUUCCUCUAAUGCCCUUUCCUUCCGACUUACCACGCUACCCAACCAAAGAGCAGUUCGUCGAGUAUCUGGAGUCCUAUGCCCAGCAUUUCGACCUCCAGCCCAGAUUUAACGAAUGCGUGCUCUCAGCCUCCUUUGAUAAGGAACGCGCCCUGUGGAGAGUGUGCACAAUGCAAACUGGUUCCGACUGUGGGGGCUCAUGUCAGAUUGAAUACAUGAGCCGCUGGCUAGUUGUCGCAACGGGCGAGAAUGCAGAGGCGGUCAUUCCGGACAUAAUGGGAAUGAAGAGCUUCAAGGGGAGCGUCAUUCAUGCAAGCGAAUAUAAAAAUGGCUCAGCCUAUAAGGGAAAGAGCGUCCUCGUUGUCGGCUGCGGGAAUUCCGCCAUGGAACUCAGCCUCGACCUCUGCGACCACAAUGCCAACCCGUCCAUGGUCGUCCGCAAUACGGUGCAUGUGUUGCCCAGAGAAAUAGCGGGGAUGUCAACCUUCGGAAUAGCAGUGACGUUGGGGAAGUGGUUCCCACUGUGGGUUGUGGAUCGACUGCUCUUGACUGUGGCGCGCUUAAUGUUUGGUAGUACAGAAGGCCAUGGUCUCAGGCGCCCUGCAAUUGGUCCCAUUGAGCUCAAGAGUAAGUCUGGUAAAACGCCCGUAUUGGACGUCGGAGCACUGGCACUCAUCAGAAAGAAGCGUAUCAAGGUGGUGCCUGCGGUAAAGUGCUUUACAGCCCACGGUGUCAAAUUCGUCGACGGGCAAGAGAUUCAGUUCGACUCUGUCAUACUGGCCACUGGGUACAACAGUAACGUGCCUUCCUGGCUCAAGGAUUCUGAUUUUUUCACAGAAGAUGGGAUGCCCAGGAAGCCAUUCCCGAAUGGUUGGAAGGGGGAAAACGGACUAUUUUCAGCGGGAUUCACAAGGCGAGGAUUGCUUGGAGCUGCAUUAGACGCCAGGAACAUUGCUCGGGACGUUGGGGUUCUAAGGAAGGAGUUGGAGUUGUGUUGUAGACAACAGUCAUACGCUCACAAGCAAGAGUAGUCUAGUAGCAAGAGUUGGGUGAGAUUUUGGUCACACGACAAUCAUCCCCUCGGUGUCAAUUUUACGCGAGACACGCACAGUCGAAUCCUGCAAAUCAUUCCCAUAGAACCAGACCACUUGUACCGAGUGGUUGGAUGUGACAAAAUAUGACGAUAAAAGAUUUAAUACCUAGCGUAAGUGAAGUGAUGUGAAGUGGAGAGGAGAAAAAAUGGAGUCACCGUGCUCUGUAUAUUAUUCAUUUUGCUCUGUAUAUUAUUCAUUUUGGCACGGGAUCUCCGCUUACAGAAAAAAAAAAAGUUUAGAAUAUAUGUGUACAGUGCUGAUAGACUAAACACGCUUGAUUGCUUAAAAAAUUUUGGUAAAAAAAAGGAAAUAGCGACUACAACUUUUUCUCUCGAUCUUUGUUCUUUGUUUCUUUCUCAUUAAUUUGUCUUCAAUGCGUGCCUGCGGCUGCGACAUGAUUUGCGAAUCAUGUUAUGCAAUGAUAUGACAUACCCAUUUGCAUAU